UAUUUUCAUUAUUUAUCACAUGUGAUUAAUAUGAAAUGAACUAAACUGAGGUGAAAUAUUAGGAACCAGGGAUCAAGCUGGAGUCGGACUUACCGGAUUGCUGAUCCCGCCCCUCUCUCGCUAGAAAAAGCUCUGGAGGAAGCUGUUAGGAGCCCCGGUAAACAGAUGGAUACAGCCAAGAUCCAGGAAGAGCUAGAGCCCCAGGUACAUGAAGAGUCACCUAGUAUCCAGACAGAAGUACAGGCUCCCAGAAAGGAGGAACUACCAGACUUCAACAGCACGAUAACUGGACUACCCGGCUGGAUCCAGGCGAAGAUGGGCAGAGAUAUCUCUACUUCAGGGGAAUCUGAUCACCAACCGCAGCCGCCUUCUGGUCGUUGGGCUGUAAAUAAUGACAGUUUAAAGUCAUGGAUAAGCGGUAGAAAGGGUCCGUGUGUGCAGGGCGAGCCUCGAGGUUAUUACAAGCCGCCCGGCGAGGAAACCUUGCCUGUGGAGGAUGUUGAGGAUAAUGUGGAGCAAGAGGAGAAUCCAGAAGAUUCAACCGUCUCCGGGAAUGACCCCUCAGUCGAACCAGUAGACACAGAUACGGAAGAGGGAAAGUCGGAAAAUGAAGAAAGUCUGACUUCCAUAAAUCCGCGAGUGAGCCUCUCCUCCAAGUAUUGGUCUAAGUCACAACUAGAAAACAUCAGUAAAAUGACAAUGCAGAUCUGUAUGCAGCAACAAGACUUGCUUAAUAUCAAACAAGACAAAAUGCAAGAAAACCUCACCCAGGAAAGUGAAGAAACCAAAGAGUCAUCAUCUGGAACGAAGGAGAAGGAAAUCAUGCUUGACCUGCCAUGCAUCUUUCCUCAGGAGAUUUCCUCAACUUCAGGACAACAACCAAACGUAGCUUCAGAGGAAGACUUUGAUGAUACCUCAAAAGAAAAGAAAGAUGACACUCUUACACAAGGUAUCCAAGAAAGAGAUGAAAUUUCUUUAAGGCGGGAAAUGUUGAAUACACUUAAGGAAUUACUGGAAGCAACAAGACAGAAUGGACGUCUGUUGAUGACGUUAGACUCCAGUAUUAAGAAGAAUACAAUGGUACUACAAAACUUAGCUGACUUACAAAGGGAAAAACUUAGGGAGGAGGAGAGUUGUUAAAAGACUACCCUCUCCAAGGUGAACAUGCUGAUGAAAUUUAAAGGACACAUAUUCAAAAGCAGAACAAUCAUCCCUUUUAUUACAGAAGAUCAAUUUAAUUUGUACCUAAGAAAUGAGUAUUUAUCUCCAUAUUUUCUAAAUGUAGACUGUAUAUUUAUUUUAACGCAUUGUUAGGAGUUUAUAUAUCAUAUUGAUAUAUUUUGAUAUAUGAAUAGCAUGUUUACUACUUAGUACUUACUUCUUAACAAUGCAAUGCUCUUAACCAUAAGUAUCAACCUACAUCGUAAAAAGCAUUGUAUUUAUAGCAAAAGAUUGUGAUUCCUACAUGUAAUAAAAGUUUUCAUUUGUUUAUAGUUUAAUUCAACAAGUGUCAGUAUAUCAUUUAGAUUACGGUUUGAAAACAGCAUAAAACUAUGUACAUGUGUAAAAUAAAGAUAUAAUUAAUAAACUUGGAGGAAAUUUUCCGAGAACAUCUCAGAAUUUUUGGAUGAAUAAAGUACAUACGGAGAAAAGAAAGAUAGGGUUCAUCCAAGAUCAGUCAGGCCUCAAGACAAUUUACUGAGAAAUCAAUAAACUUAAGCCAAAAUUUUGAUUCUCAAUAUAUCUUAUUAUU